AUGUGGAUUUGCGACAAUGGCAGAUAUUGCAAUAAAUUAUUAGUGGCUGCAAGCACCACUACCACUACCACCACUCUUGUUCUAUCUACUACUGCCACUACCUCCCCCGGUCCACCUACUAAAGAAAGAAAAGCCUUGUUAUUGGCUAAUUCAACAACUGUGGAAACUUCGAAUUCCUGCAAGCAGAGCUUCUACUAUAAGGAGUAUUCUGUUGAGUUAGGAUGCAUCUUGCUUAGAAAUGAAUUUAAGAUGGCAGUGGACAGAUUUGUACUUGCUGAUAAUAAUCCAACCACACUCGAUGAACAUAAUUCAGAAUCUGUCACUGAACCAUCAGAAAUAGGCGACAAAAUUCAUACCAUCACGGCCUCCAUAAAUGCUUUGAAAACCAACCAUAGACGCAAGUUGUCAGCAUUCAAAGCCGAAGUGGGUCAUUUGAGAGAAUGGCUGGUGCUGCUUAAAAAAGAAGAAAGUAAAUUAGAAUCUGAGAAUGUUGACUUGUACCACAAAUAUGUGGCAUAUCAUCCCCACAGAUCGAAAUUGAAUUUUGAUUUGGACAAAGACAUUGUUGAUGUGCUCUUGGAAGUAUUUUUAACAAGUAGAGGUAUUAGGGAUACGUUAAUAUUUCGCACAAAAAACUGCGAAAUGCUCCAUGAAAGUUUGUUGAAUGACCUCAUCAUGACUAUGGAGGUUUAUCCGGGAAAAGAGGAAAGAGAAGAACUAGAAGAUGGUGGAGAGAUCGCUGCUUCUAUUGAAAAUAAGCUCCAAUGCUUGUCGGCCACAAAAAGAGGAUGGCAACAGAAAUUUACCCUUUUGGAACUUCGGCUGCAAAUGAUACAUAGCCGACUUAAAUGCGAUGCUUCAGAUUGUCAAAUGAGGCUUACUGCCCGUCAAGUGGAAAACAAAACCUAA